AUGAUGCAGUGGUUGCGCGUUGCCUCGCUGCUACCUUGCGCACUCGCUCUUAGAGCCAGUGAACCGCCUCAUCACGUAAAACAGGUCGCCAUCAUAGGUGCCGGUGCAGGUGGCUCAUCCGCCGCGUACCAUCUCGCCCAAUAUGCCGCCGAAGCAGGCAUUCCAACAAACAUCACUGUCUUCGAUCGCAACAACUAUAUCGGUGGCCGCACAACGACCGUGAACCCAUGGAACGACCCAACAAUCUCAGUAGAGCUGGGCGGCUCAAUCUUCGUACAAAGCAACCGCAUAAUGGUGAAAGCCAAAGAGGAAUUCAACCUAUCGGCUGCUGGGCACGAUCUCGCAGCUCAAAUGGAUAUGCCUGAUCUGGGCAUCUGGAACGGACGCGAAUUCGUUAUCGUGACAAAGGCAGGGGAUACCUGGUGGGACAAGGCGAAGCUGCUGUGGAGAUACGGUGCUGCGCCACUUUGGACAAACAAGCUGAUGAAGAGUGCAGUGGGCAAAUUCUUUCAGAUGUAUGAUGAGCCGGUGUUUCCAUGGGAGAACUUGGGCGACGCCAUCGAACGAGUAGGGUUGCUGGAAGUCACUGGAGUGACGGGAGAGCAGUAUCUCAAAGCAAACGGCAUCGGGGAGACGUUCUCGAAAGAGAUCAUUCAAGCCAGCACCCGUGUCAACUACGCUUCGAACUUGCCUUAUAUUCACGGCUUGGAGACGAUGGUUUGCAUGGCGACAAACGGAGCAAUGCAGGUUGAGGGAGGCAACUGGCAGAUCUUCGCACACAUGUUGAAGGCUUCUCGAGCCAAUGUUCAUCUCAACACCUCUGUCACUCGAAUUUCGAAGCAACAGGACGGCAGCUACCAAGUCACCACAAGUACCGAUCACACCUCGGUGUUUGACGAAGUCAUCCUUGCAGCACCUCUUCAGUACUCAGACCUUGUUAUCCAUCCUUCGCCGCACCACAUCCCCGACGAGAUACCUUAUACGAAGCUGUACACCACUCUGUUUGCGUCACCCUUCAGACUGGAUCAGAAAGCUUUCAACCUUGACACCAAGACACCUGUGCCACAAUACGUCCUUACUACGCUACCGCCGUCCGAGAUUCCAGUGGACGGUGUCGGUUCUCCCAACUUCUACAGCGUAUCGAUAUCUGAUGCCGGCCUCAACCCAGAGUCGUCCCCAGUUCGGUUCGAAUACAUCUACAAGAUCUUCUCACCCGCUCGUGUGAACGCCACAUUCCUCUCCCACAUCCUUGGCCAAGAUGUCUCCAACGAAGAAGCCGAACAUGGUAACGCCAACGGAACUGUGAGCUGGAUACAUCACAAGAUUUGGUAUUCAUACCCACGAGAAUAUCCGCGCGUGACGUUUGAGGAAAUCAAGCUCGAUGACGGCUUAUGGUAUACUAGUGGAAUCGAGAGCUUCAUCAGUACUAUGGAGACGAGUGCAUUGAGCGGGAAAAAUGUCGCUAGAUUGAUCAAAGACGAGUGGGCUGCUCAAGAACUCGAUGAUAGUUAUUCUAGAGCUCGGAAAGAUGUGACCGGCGAAGGGCAGUAUCAACAAGAGCUAUGA